AGCUACGUUUGACUUGAAAUCGUUUAUCCACUUUUCCUUGAAAUGAUUUUUUUUGAUAUAUACCCCUUUGCACGCGUACCAGCGAUAUAUUCUAGAAUGUCUACAAUACAUUAAAAAGAAUCCAACCUCAUAUCGUAAAGUGAGCGAUUAAUACAAUUAUCAAACUAGAAAUAAUAACGAUAUUGAAACAAAUUUUUCACGUACUGAGAGCUUAUUGAAUACAAAAUAAAUUAAUAAAUAAAGAACUCUUACUGACACGAACACAUGGUGUCACGAUUGUCAGACCGAAGCAUAUAUGUUAAUAUGUCAAGUAGAAGUGUGCCUUCGAGCUAUUGUUGGCUGAAGCGCAAGAAGAGAUGUGCACGUUUCGAUCACGCAAACAUAUUAAAUCCUUUUUAUUCUCAAACAUAAAUUAACUCAAUAAUAUGUACCGGCUUAGUCAUACUUUGAAAUUUAAAUUAUUUGAUUUGAUUUUCUAAGAAACAAUUAGAUUUUAAAUGAAUAUUUAAUAAAACGACCAAAACGUGCUCUUCAUAAAGGAAAUCACGAAGAGGAAAUUUAACACCCACUUUAACAGAUAACGAUUAUUACUCUCGACAUGAUUUUAGUUUCUUAUCAACUAGAAACGAAACAACAACUCAAAAUAAGCAAAAUGAAUAAAAAAUUGAUUUUGUUAAUUUUUGCGCUAUUUCUGGUGGUUUCGGAAUCUCGAAGACAUGUUGAAGACAAGAAACAUUGCCCGAAAGUUAAACCAAUCAAUCAUUUCGAUUUACAUAAACUUUUAGGAAAAUGGUAUGUUAUUCAAUAUUUCGCAACAUCCGAAGAAGCACUUCCUUAUAGAUGUAUGAGAGCAGAAUUCACGAUGUCGCCCCACAUAGUUGAUGUCACAAUGAAUUUCACAUACAGUUUCACCGACGACCCUCUAAAUGAACAAUUAAUGGGCAACAUAACGUGGACGAUACCAAACAAAAAAAUUCCAAGUCAUUGGACCCAUUCAGAAAACAUAUAUGAGGGCGUCUAUAACACGUUCGUUCUCGAUUCGGAUUACGAUUCCUGGGCAUUACUUUUACAUUGUGCUGAAAAAUCGAAAAGUCCCCGAUAUUUAUCCAGUUUUAUUAUGAGUAGAGAAGCUGUUUUAGGCGUGAAUGUUAUUUCUUAUUUAAGAGAUAAAUUACCAAGAUACGAUAUUGAUUUAACUUAUAUGUUUGAUAUGUCUCAAAAUGAUUGCGAUAUUUCACAAUUUGAAUUAAAUAUACCGCAAUCUUUAAUACCUGAAAGAAAACCGAUUUAUAUUCGAAAACAUCCGUUAAAAAGUCACCAUAAAUAAAUACAACGUGUAUUAAUUAAUAUUUCAAUAUAUUAAGUAUUUUUAAA